CUGCACACCAACUAUCAUCAUCAUCAGUAACAACAAACCACCGCAGACCUUAUUCACAGCCUAACUCUAGCGGCUUUGGCCCCACAGCCUAACUAGCUCCAUAAAAACACCCAACAACAACCAUACUAGCUCCAUAAAACAUCCAAGAAGAAGAGGUGUGAAGAUGGCAGUACCAUUACAUGCCUUGUGGCGCAGAUUUGUCAUUUCUGGUGUUUGGGGUCAAAGUUGGAGGGCAGGCCUUUCCAGUGCCCCAUUAUUUCAGCAUGGCAGUAAAAGGAAUCUCACAAAAACAGCCAUCCAUGCCACAAGAGAUGAUCCCUUGGAGAAAACCUCAUUAACUGUGAGGGGCUUCUUCAACUCUGAGGAGCGCACAAAGAAGACCUUCCUGGCUGCCUGUGAUGUGUUCGGUCAAAAGGGCCCACACCUUCGGGGUCAUGUUGAGUUUAUCUACAGCGCCCUCGCUCUUAUGGAGGAGUAUGGCGUGCAUAAAGACUUGGAGGUUUACAAAAAAAUAUUGAAUUUGAUGCCAAAAGGAAAAAUGAUUCCAAGGAAUGUCUUUCAACAAGAGUUUAUGCACUACCCAAAGCAACAGCAGUGUGCCAUUGACUGUUUGGAGCAAAUGGAGACAAAUGGAGUAAUGCCUGACUCAGAGGUGGAGCACAUCUUGAGAAACACAUUUGGGAAGCAGAGUCACCCAGUGCGCAAGUAUGGCCGUAUGAUGUACUGGAUGCCAAAGCUUAAGAACGCCUCACCAUGGAUUCUCCCUACGAUUGUUCCAGAUGAUGCUUUUGAGCUGGCAAAGAUAGCAGUGGCACGCAUGUGUACAGUUGAUCCUACCUCAUCCAUCACUGUAUUUCAGACUAGUGAAGUGGAGGAUGCAGUUGAGGACACAUGGAUUGUAAGUGGCCAGAGCACAGAGCAGCAGGAACUCUUGCAGAAACACCCUCCUGGGGAACCUAUCAAGGUUGAGGGUCCCUUCCGGAUACAUUUGCGUAACAAGUCCAUUGGCUACUUCAUCCUGCGAGCAGAGGCCAAACCCAAGCCACCUCCACCCAGUAGAAAGGUCAUUGAUGAUGUUGGCUCAAUCAAACACUGGUUUUCUGGUGAGCCAAUGCCAGAGGAGGCAGUACUGGUGCAGCCCUGCAGUGUGCAUGAGCAAGAGGAUGGGACCAUUCUGGGUAUAUGUGUCACAGGAACAUCAGGCAGAGACUCCUUGCUGUCUUGGAUCCGUCUGCUGGAGAAAACCAACCCAUGCCUGGGUAGCAUCCCUGUGCUCUUCACUCAGGCCAGCCCUCUCGGUGAGGUGAUGACCACAGAGGCACAAGAAACUAAAAAUAAGGUCCGCACACAGGUGCAGCAGGAGAGUAAUAAUGAAGCUACCACCAACACAUGACUCAGGGACAAAGAGCAAGUGUAGAGCUUCAUCAUAAUGUAUAAAGUUCAGUAGGAGUUUAAAUGUUUUAAUUUAUUGACAGUUAUGUAGCUAUUUUUAUUUAUUUAUUUAUUUUUAUUUUUUUAUUUUUUAUUUUUUUUGUAAAUACUUAAACCAACUACAACAAAUACUGCAUAUAAUGUGAAUGAAUUUUCUGUGUACAAUUUUCAUCCAUGUUACUACUUGGUCUCUAUUAAAAUAUAUUAUGAAAUAAUA